AGUUGUCUAGCUGCGGAGUGAGCCUAUCCCCACACCAUGUCCCAGGACAAGAGUGGAUACCCUGUUAUGGGUGAGACCAACCCACUUCAUAACAACGUCUAUGGGCCCCCUCAGCCAGGUUUCGGCAUGCCCCCUCCCAACUACAGCCAAGCCCCAGGGGGACCCUACCCACCAGCAGCCGGCUACGGACAGCCAGGCUUCCCCCAGGCAGGCCCAGGUUUUGCCCCUGGUCCCUACCCCCAGAUGCCUUACCCUCAGAUGCCCUACCCACAGGCACCCUACGCUCAGGGGCCUUAUCAGCAAGGACACACACAGCCAGGCUUUCCAGGCGACCCCAGCGGACCUGCUGGCAGCCCUGGUUACCAUGGUGACGGACCCCCAUCUUACUACGACAAUGAGGAGUUCACCAACUCUGGUUUUGAGGACAAGAGCAUCCGACAAGCUUUUAUAAGAAAAGUCUUCCUGGUCCUCACAGUGCAGCUGCUGGUCACUUUCUCCUUUGUUGCCGUCUUCACCUUUGUCGAUGAUGCCAAGUUAUUUGUGCGACGUAAUCCAUGGACAUACUACGUGUCCUAUGCAGUCUUCUUCGUAUCUCUGAUAACACUCAGCUGCUGUGGAGAAUUUCGCCGCAAGCACCCCUGGAACUUGGUUGCACUGUCCAUCCUGACCCUGAGCCUCUCCUACAUGGUGGGCAUGAUCGCCAGCUUCUAUGACACAGAGACUGUCAUCAUGGCCGUGGGCAUCACUGCAGUGGUCUGCUUCACCGUCGUCCUCUUCUCACUACAGAGCAAGUAUGACUUCACUUCCUGUCGGGGCGUGCUGUUUGUGUGCCUGAUUGUGCUGUUGCUCUUCUCCAUCCUCUGCAUCUUCAUCCGCCACAGGAUCCUGCACAUUGUCUAUGCCUCUCUGGGGGCCCUGCUCUUCACCUGCUUUUUGGCUGUGGACACUCAGCUUCUGUUAGGCAACAAGAAGCUGGCUCUGAGUCCAGAGGAGUACAUUUUUGCUGCCCUCAACCUCUACACUGACAUCAUCAACAUCUUCCUCUACAUCCUGGCUAUCGUGGGUCGCUCCCGUGAAUGAGGCGGCACCUUAAAGAGAACAGGAGGGAGAUAGAGAA